GCAUGACCUCCGUUGACCAAUCAUUUUAAAGAUAAACAAAUGAGCUGCUGCAGCGCGCGUGCUGGGUCGGUCAGUAACGCGCAGAGCAGAGCGAGGGUGUCGUUGAAUCACGCUUUCUUGCGAAGUAUGAAGUCUGAACGGCAAGCACUGGAUUUGCAUCUGGUAUUUUGGACCUAUGGAACAUCAUCCUAAACUCAUAUUCUUAUACUCCUGAGAGAAAUGGGGAACGGAAUUUCAGAGCAGCCCAACUUUCUAUCCAGUCUUCCGUUCUGUAAUUCUCUUCACAUCGCUAUUCUGGGUCUGGACUUUGCAGGCAAAACGACGGUCCUGUACCGUCUGCAGUUCAAUGAGUUUGUCAACACUGUCCCCACCAAAGGUUUCAAUGCAGAGAAAGUCAGAGUACCUCUUGGGGACUCACAAACGGUGACGUUUCACUUUUGGGACGUUGGCGGGCAGGAGAAACUGCGCCCUCUUUGGAAGUCCUAUACACGUGGCACAGAUGGCAUCGUGUUUGUUGUGGACUCUUUGGAUGCGGAGAGAAUGGAAGAGGCAAAGACGGAGCUUUACAAAAUCGCCCGAUCCUCUGAAAAUCAAGGAGUGCCUGUGUUGAUUAUUGCUAACAAGCAGGACUUGAGACAGGCUCUGUCACUGUCACAGAUAGAGACCAUGCUGGCACUCAAAGAACUGGGACCCUCUACGCCGUGGCACCUGCAGUCCACCUGUGCCAUCAUUGGUGACGGUCUCAAAGAGGGACUCGAAAGACUUCAUGACAUGAUCCUAAAACGAAGAAAGAUGCUCAAACAGCAAAAAAAGAAAAAAUAGACCAUAUAUAAAAGGGGGGGAAAAGGACUAUACAAGUUGAUAGUUGCAAACUGUCAUUUUUACGUGCCCCGAGUUGGUUAGAACCAACAAGUUGUUUACUUUCUUGUUUACUACUCUAGUUGUUUACUUCUGGUCAUAGACUUAGAAAUAAUAUAAACCUAAUAUAAAGAUAUUUUUAAUACACUGAAAAGUGAUUUGUGUUGAAGGUUUAUUUCAAAUUUUUAUUUGCAAUAAAAGGGCUUUCUGUGUUCAUUCUAAAAUUGUUAUAUGUAAUAUUUUAACACAUAUACAGUACAUCUGCCAAAUCUUGUCAUUUUAGGGUCAGGUAUUAUUAAGGUGUUAAAAGGAAUAACUCACCCAAGAAAAACCUGUGAAUGAAAACUUAUUUACAUUAUUUUAUGUUCCUGUUUCUCCCUGAAUAAUUACUUGAAUUUCAUUUAUUUUUGCACAAAACUAUAGGCAUGCACAAUAUCAGUUUCAUAUCAGUUAAAGGUCAAGAUUUUUGGGGGGUAUUAAAUUGUGCAUGCUCUUUAGUUUAUAUUUAGAUUAUAUUUGAAGUAAUCUCAUGCUUAAUUCAAGUCAAUUUUUAACAACACAAAAUAUGUAAUCACCAUUAAAUGUAAUCUUUAGCUAAUCAAUUGGAAUAUAAGUCUUUCAUGCUUAUACAUUAUGCUGUACAUGUCACUGUCACAGAUAGAGACCAUGCUGGCACUCAAAGAACUGGGACCCUCUACGCCGUGGCACCUGCAGUCCACCUGUGCCAUCAUUGGUGACGGUCUCAAAGAGGGACUCGAAAGACUUCAUGACAUGAUCCUAAAACGAAGAAAGAUGCUCAAACAGCAAAAAAAGAAAAAAUAGACCAUAUAUAAAAGGGGGGGAAAAGGACUAUACAAGUUGAUAGUUGCAAACUGUCAUUUUUACGUGCCCCGAGUUGGUUAGAACCAACAAGUUGUUUACUUUCUUGUUUACUACUCUAGUUGUUUACUUCUGGUCAUAGACUUAGAAAUAAUAUAAACCUAAUAUAAAGAUAUUUUUAAUACACUGAAAAGUGAUUUGUGUUGAAGGUUUAUUUCAAAUUUUUAUUUGCAAUAAAAGGGCUUUCUGUGUUCAUUCUAAAA